AUGAGACCUCCAGGUUCUGCCCCAUUACCGGAAGCCCACAAAGUCGAUUUGACAUGGCAAAGAAAAACCCUAAAGAACCCUAAAGAGCCAAAAGAGACUAAAGAGCCUAACUAUGUCCAUAGGGACAAGUGUGGCCGUGGCCAUGGGAGAAGUGGACAUGGUGGUCCUGGUCGUGGGACCUAUCAAGGACACAAUUUUGGUGGUCAAGGUCGUGGAAACCGAUUCGGCUUCGGCCAGGGUCGGGGUUCUGCCCCAUUACCGGAAGCCCACAAAGUCGAUUUGACAUGGCAAAGAAAAACCCUAAAGAACCCUAAAGAGCCAAAAGAGACUAAAGAGCCUAACUAUGUCCAUAGGGACAAGUGUGGCCGUGGCCAUGGGAGAAGUGGACAUGGUGGUCCUGGUCGUGGGACCUAUCAAGGACACAAUUUUGGUGGUCAAGGUCGUGGAAACCGAUUCGGCUUCGGCCAGGGUCGGGGUAGAGGCCGCGGGCAAUUUAAACCGUAA